AUGAAAUUACUGGCAGUGAUUCCGGGAAUUCCGGAAUUGUGUUGCAAGGGAUUUAAAUCUUCAUCAAAUACAACCCAUCCAAAACAAACUGAUAGUGAUAAUGAUGAUGAUGAUGAUGAAGCAAUAAGUGUUGAUGAUAAUGAAGAAGUACAUGACGAUGAUUAUGAUAGUGAUAUUUCUGAUCAACACAAUUUUCCAAAGGAUGAUAGUACUUCCUAUAUACUAUCUGAUGAAAAUACAUCGGAUAGUAGUGAUGAUAAUGAAGUUGAAGAUGACGAUGAAGCUUUAUUGCCACUAAAUGGUAGCAAACAACGUCGAAAUAAUGAAGAAACAAUGAUUGGUAUUACUGCUAAUCCUAGUGAUUUAUCAUCAAUCGUUUACAAUUUAUUACAACGUGUUAGAAAAUUAAUUAAAUUUAUUCGAAAAUCAAGUGUGCUUGAUCGUUAUAUAUUCGAAUUUCGAAAUCAAAUACGAUUGAAAAGUAUAGAAAUCAUUCGAUCUGCACAUGAACAAAGCGUUAAAUCAGUUAAACUAAACAAUGCUGUUUUGGAAUUCCGUAUUCGAUGGAAUACGACUUAUAUCAUGAUAUCACGGUUCAUUGCAUUAAGUUCUAUUAUUACUGAUAUCACAUUAUUAUCUAGUAUUGAAAUUGGAUCAAAAUAUCCAACCCUGUCUAUUGCUAAUUUAGUUUCACCAGGAUUGAAAAUUUUUUUAACAACUAUCAAAGAUGAUCAACCAUUAGAAAAUCCAUUGCAACAGUUGUUACUAGCUAAAUUUAGCUACUAUUUUGAACAAGAAAUUAGUUGGGAACAAAAGCGUGCAACUUUAAUUGCAGCUUUCUUAGAUCCAACAUCGUAUCGAUAUUUAACUGAUGAAAAUAUUAGUGAAGCUGAAAGAACACUUUUAUCAGAAUUUGAUGUUACCCAAUCAUUUGAUCGGUUACAAAUUGAUACUUCAGUAACAACAACCCUGUCAAUAUCAACAUCAACACCAUUAGGACACCAACGUAUUCAAAAUAGAACAACACGUCAAGAAAAAUCUACUUUGGAUGAAUUUUUCGCAUGUGCGAAAUGCUUUCAACAUCCAAUGUAA